GACUUUCGGUUUAUUUGUCAUUGAAGUAGAGUUGGUUAGGACGCAAUAACUUAGCUUGUGAAAAUGUGGUUUUAUAUUGCUUACACGUCUUCUUCUAUGGGAUCUGUUUUAAAAUAGUGUAGACUACGUUAUAUCGGAAUAUAUCGAAUAAGUGUCGAAUGUUCUAUCUUAAAAAUGACCACCCCAAAUUUAUUUGUGUGUUUUCUACUGUUUUUUCUCAUUCUUUUUUACUCAGGUGAAGCAAACACAUCAAGAGCCUGUAAUAAUGAAAAAUGUACGUUCAGUUUUUAUCUGACUCAAGAAGGAAAAAUUGAAAUAUGCGUUUCUGGUUAUCUCAAGUCUAAAGAUUUUCCAAAAUUGAUAAUUGACGGCGUUGACACAGCAUUGAAUUCUAAAUAUAGGUUUAAUGCGUCGUCAAUAGAAGGUUGUUUGUACAUUACCAUAUAUAUAACAAACAUCACUGAACAAGAUUAUGGAGACAAAGAAAUUAAAUUAAUUGUGUCCGAAGAACGAAGCUUUUACGCCAAAGUACCUCUUACAGCUGGAGAAGCGAAAACCGAACGCCUCAAGUUUGGUUUGAAUGGAGCAGCAUUUAAAAAUGAUGCAUCAGCAACUGUGGAUGUUAGUAGUAAAGUAACUUUAAAAUGUCGAUUCAAUAAUAAUAGGCAGACAGGAGAACUUACUAUAAGACAAGGUAAUGCAGUCUUGAGACGUGAAAAUAACAGCAUAGAAUACGUCAUUGACAACGUAAACUGUGUAAAUAUGGAUUCUUAUACCUGCGACGAUGGAAAACAGUCUACUCGGAUUAGAUUAUUCGUUAACAUGUGUGAGUGGAAACAGUGUCCAGAAUGCAACAAUACCAGCGUCCCAUGUACGACUAGCCCUGGUGGAAAUGGUACUUGGAAAUUUAGUGUUGUUGGGUGUGCAAGUUCAGAAAACUUUCCUAUGAUGAUAAUAGAUACAAAUUACGUUUUUCCAACAACACGCAAUUCUAAAUAUAUUUUUGACUUUGAAAAAACGGAAGACGUCCCUGUCAAGUCGAUUAUUACCUUACGCAUACUAAACGUCAAAGAAGAAGACUAUGGAAACAAAAGAGUUGAAAUACAUUUUUCACCUUAUGAACGAUUAACAGUGUUUCUAUUGUUGCAAAGAAAUGCAGAUCUAAUUUCAACAAGUGCGCCUACUAACAUACCCAAUAUAGCAGAAGUGGUGGGAACUGAAAAGACGACGAAGAAAAAUAAAGUACAUGCUACUAAAGAAGACAACUCUAGAACGUUAGUUGUUGUUGUUGCUGCUCCACUAUCUUUUGGCGUUUGUAUUGGUGUUUGUAUUAUUAUUGUUGUUGUAUGUUUUAAAAGAAGAAGAGACAACAAAAAGACUAAAGCAAGCUUAGAUUAUGGACACUUAAAUAUCAAUGUUCUAAGUGAAGAUGGCUGUGUGGUAGCCACACUUGCUGACGCUGAUCAGAGAGUUAUUCAUCCUCUACUCGGAAAUUCUUCAAAGAAGGUUCCAGACAGUACCACGUGGGGGCAGGCGUCAUCUGAGGGGAAUUCAGGCCAAAUAACUGGGACUAAAAUGUUCAUUGCUGAAGUUUGA